AUGGCACGAGGAGUGAUCAAAACUUGCGUCGACUGCUUCCUAGACGGCCAUGGGCUUUACCGCUUCGAAUACGGAGUCUCUCAGACUCACUUCCUAUUGAAAUUUCCAGGAACUUGCACGACGGGUCGUUCCAAUUCAGCUGACAAAGUCAUACCUCGCGCCACGGAAUUGCUCAACAAGGAACAGGGUUUCGGGGACUAUAACCUGUUUGAAAACAACUGCGAAUCGUUUGCGAUUUUCUGCAAAACAGGAAAACGUCUGAGCGGGCAGGCAUUUUCUGCCUUAAAUUCUGCUAAAAUCUUGUUCAAAGCGUUUGUGAAGCAUAACGUGGAAAGGCUUCUGGAAGACGUGUCUAUUCAUCAUCCAGACAAGUACAUGCUUUUGAAACAAACUAUUGAAACUCAUGUUAACUUGCCCUGCAGGGAAAUUAUAGCCCAUCUUAGAAAGCUCAACGAGAAACAUGAUGACGAGCAGGAGGAUGUCAAUGAUGAAGAUCUGUUAGACGACCGCGAGUAUAUAGAGACAACGGAGAAGGAGGGGGAUGAUGAUCGUCCCACUCAAUCAUCCUACAUGACUAAGUGA